AUGGGAAAAUUCACGUUAGUCACCGACUACAAGAAGGACCCUGAUGGUGUUGUCAGAGGCAAGGUCCGCGAUAAAGAUGGUCUGUUGAGCCAAACUCACUUUUUGGGAAUUGGGACCCCUAACAAUGACCCUCUGAUCUUAGGCCGACUAUACUGGCACGAAAAGGGGACCAACAAUCUCGAGGAGAUCCCCAGAAGUAUGCCUCCAGUCGAGGGACUACGCGGAAGAAGUGUUGGUCCUUCUUCUCGGACUUCCAACGAUCGACUCGAGGGGGCGAGACGUCGACCUUCCAGAUCCCGUUCGCCCUUAACAGAGGAUGAUGAGGAACUGCCUUUAUCAUCUCCAUCCACGGCAGAAAAGAAUUUUGUUAUUAGUACGUCUAACAAGAACAGGAAUACUCGAGGGGCCGAAACCAGAGGUGGAAGGCCGGUAGAAAUCAAAUCUCUGCCCAUAAGAUCUGCCACGGGAAUUGAUCAAGUCGCGGAGAGGCCAUUGAUGGGUACAAGUCCCUACAAUGCACAUUUGGACCAGCUUGAUUCUACAAUGGGUAGAACAGCUUUGAACCAGGAACCUCGCGUAACGAACCAUGUGGGAGAGGGCAGUGCUCCUUCACAGCAAAAUAUGCUUGCUUCGCCGCUUGCUAGACUAAAUCUGCCUUCCGAUGUUCUCGACUUCAUCAAGCUUCCGAUUAACAGGUUCCGGGGAAUACUGACAUUUCUUUCGGACCACCCAAGAUUUCUUCGUUCAGGACAGAUUCCCAUGUUUGAUGAUGCAGCUGUUGAAGCUAUGGUAGCCGGAGACUUGGUUCUCAUGCAACAGUGUAUUCAGCGGCGCAUCAUUGCUACUCAGUGCAUGAAAUCAGCAGGGUAUGAUCCUAACUAUCUGAAGUGUUUGAUUCAGAACGAUCCAAUCGUCGGCAAACACUUUUACGAUAGUGUGAAUCAAUUUGUUCUCAGCACCAAGAUGAAAGCCGCCGCAAGGAAGACCAACAAGCUCGGGUCGCUCUCUCAAACACUAGGCUAUGUCCAAGUGAACACAGCUAUGAACCCGGCCAUCUCGUAUCCUCACACAGCAGCUACUCAACCUACUGCACGAAGUCCUGGAAAUGCUGUUCCCGAGACAAGGUAUCCAGUGGUCCCUGGCCCAUUCGAAGCUGAUGGGAACGAUCGAUAUGGAACAUCGCUGCCCUAUCCUAGUUCAGCGAAUGUGCCAGUUUCAGCGCUCCAACCACAAAUAUCUGCUGCCCCUAUGCACGCCGCUGCCUGGUCAGGCGACAAUGGUCGUGAUGAUUAUCAUGACGACCAGCCAGGGCACUACCUGCCCCAGAUGGGUAACAUCAACUCAGGCUCAGUUCGAACUUAUCGCCAAGGAGGGGAGCGCCAGCCACAACACAGAGAGCCAGGCGAUACAGACCGUGGGGUGGGCCGUUCUGGUCCUCCAGCAAGUCACAAUAGCCCACAACCCGGCCCUAAUAACCCACAGCCAGGAUAUAAUCACCCACAGCCAGGAUAUAACCACCCUCAGUCAGGAUAUAACCACCCGCAGAUGCCACACCGGGAGCCAGGUGACACAGACCGCCAACCCACUUACGCUGAUCACCAACAAGGCCAAAGUAAUCCACAUUAUAACCAGCUUUCUGCGCGGACAUACGCAUCAACCUCCUCAGAUCAGGGAUUGCGAAGAGACUCACAGCCUACAGCUACAGUGACUUCAAAUCCGCAGCGAGAUGAGGACUAUUUUAGUGGGAUAACUCGACAAGCUGUGUCCAAGAGCACCCGCGUCUCUGGGAGGCAAUUUGAAGACCCAGAGAAGCUGGACCGGAGAUUUAAACUUCAGGAUGGGAAAACAUUCUUCACUCAGGGACGGGUAUUCAUGAUGAUGUAUCCAGAGCCCAAAGGAAAGAACCCAAAGAGCUCAGACAUCCUUGACACAGGGCCUGACAGUUCAUUAUCGGUCAUUAAAGAUCGUUACAAACAAGAUGUCUUCACUCAUGAAAAGCGAUUUGUCGUAAUUCGAUGGCGCGAAGGUUACUGCCUCUGUGUGCCGAUCAAUUCAUAUCGAGAUAGCGGCGUCGCCAAAAAAGGGAUGCAACGGAGAGAAAAAGCAGCCCAUGCUAUCAUAUAUGACAACAGCAAACGGCCAACAAUGCCGAUACUCCCGGGGGAAGAAGAUAUCGUUAAGAAACCUAUUGCUGUGGAUAUGAUUGGAAGUCACACGUUGACCAAGACAAGUCGCAUCCAUUUUGCGAAGAUAUACACCAUUGAGUGGAAUGUCAAGGUCAUGGCAAUCGGGAAGAUUGCAGAUAAGUCGACGGAUCUCGUUGAGGAAUACUGGAGGAAGGAAUUGAUCUAUGGCGAGUCAUGA